AUGGCCUUCUCCAUCCGGGCUCCGAGCACUACCAGGGACAGGGACCCCCUGCGAGCACCCGCUCAGAUAGCAUGGCCUUGCUGGGAGCCUGGUGAUGCCAUAAGAUGCUUUGAUAAGCAGUAUGAACACAAGGGCAGGUGCUGCAACCGGUGUCAGCCAGGGGAAAAGCUGGUCUCUGAAUGCAAUGGCACAGAAGACUCCGUCUGCACCCGCUGUGAGAGCGGACACUAUCAGCACAGCUGGACCAAGGAGAAGCAUUGUGCCCCCCAUGAUAUCUGUGAAGACAACGCUGGCCUCAUCGUGAAGACACAAGGAAAUGCAACGCACAAUACGGUGUGCCAGUGCCGGGAUGGCAUGCACUGCUCUGAUACCAGCUGUCAGACCUGUGUGGAGAACCAGCCCUGCCAGCGUGGCUUCGGCUUUGUGGCUGCCAAGGCUGUGGCCCGGAUCUCAUCCCCCUGCGAGCCCUGCGCAGAAGGCACCUUCUCCAAUGUCUCUUCUAAAACUGAGCCAUGCCAUCCCUGGACAAGCUGUGAGGAAAAGGGGCUGGUGGUGAAAGCAAAAGGGACGAACACCUCAGAUGUGAUCUGUGAGUCGAGCAGGCGCUCCUCGCUGUCAGUACUGAUCCCCAUCACGGCUGCGGUCGUCACGUGCCUCGUGGGCAUCUGCAUCUACUGCCUGGUACACACAGAUCCCAGGCGACGGGUGCAGAAGCAGAUAGACGGCGAGAAGCCCAGAGAGAUCUUGGAGGCCCAGCAGCCUGUGGAGGAGGGGGAGGACCUCCUCCCUGUGCAAGAGACCCUGCUUGGGGGCCAGCCUGUGGUCCAGGAGGAUGGCAAGGAGAGCCGCAUCUCGGAGCAGGAGAGGCUGUGA